AUGCUUUACAGGAAGACAGGUUAUGCUCUCAUUCGGAUGGAGCGUAGCUCGUCUAUCUAUGGUUUUGUUGGCGAUAUUCAGAGCCAGAUCAUCGUUCUCCCUGCCGACGACAAUGUGUUGGAUGAUAGCAUCGAGGUCUUCGUCCAGCAGCUGGCCAAUAUUGCUCUCAUCUACCUAGGCCUGAAACUGAAUACGGACUCGAAUGUGGAUCAUCCUAAGUAA